AUGACCGUUAUGGCGACAGGUCCUCCAGAAUCAAAAAGCGCAGAUUCCGUGGCAAACGAUGACAAAGAACGCGGGAGAAACGGCCCGGAGCAAAGACAUACUCCUCCAGAUGGCGGCUGGGGUUGGGUAGUAUGUUUAGGCGCGCUUGUGGUAAAUUUUCUUACCAUUGGACAACAAAACUCGGCUGGAGUGGUAUACUCUGAGCUUCUUUGGGAAUAUUCCACGCAAAGAGGAGAAACAGGUAUGGAUGAGAUAUGCUGUGUCUUUGCGCCAGACAGCUGAUAAAAGUCGACUCGAAAAAAUGCCCUCUACUUACUGUACUUCUGUUAAGUUACAACUCUUUUAAUGAGGCAAAAAUUCUACAUUUUAUUUGGCCACGACUUGAUUAAGAGAGUUCACACUGAAGUGAUCAAAUACUAUAACGUUUCUCAUAUCAUGCUCGACUACUUUAACAAAGAGCGUUUGUACAUUAUUUUCACUCUCAGCUCAUAUUUCUGACAUCUAUAAGUCAUAAUAUAGUAUAGCUAAGUCACAACUUACAGAAUAACAGCUAGCUUGAGAGAGCAAACAAUAAAAUGGCUUUGGCCUUUUUUAAGGUUAGGAAGGAUGCAACAAACUAUAAGACCGCUUAAUUCCGAGCGGCAAAAUUAAAAUCCAAGAGUAAUCAAAGACAAUGAUUACGAGUUCUUGGACAAUGAAAUAAAGAUGAUACCGUUCUUGGUAAUUCAGUGUCGUGAGCAACAAAUUUUCUCUUGCACCGGGAUUACAACGUGUUUAUGUCUCGAUGUUCGUGUCAUUCAUAAAAAAAGGAAACAAUAAAACAAAGCAAAAACUAAUAAAUGACGUUAACACAGAAAAAAAUGAAAUAGAAACUGUCGCUGUCUUUUAGAAAAAAAUGGUGGUACGCAGGUAUCCCCACAGACUUCCGGAACCGGAAAAAGAAUCCACCUUACCUAAGCUCCUAAGGUUACCGUAUUUAUUCGAUUAACCGCCCUGGGCUGAGUUGCUCAAAGCAUGGUUAGCUUUAACCAUUGGUUAAGCAUUAUCAAAACCAACACGUUGUCAAGGUAUUAAACGCUGGUUAACGCUAAACAUGCUUCGAGCAACUGGGCCCUGGGCCCUUAUUAAAUUUACGGACCUUGAGAGUGGGGCUUAUUCGAGGCUAGGUGCUUAAAAUUUUCACCAUUUUCAGCAAGUGUAGCAUUAUUAUUUUGCAACGACACAAUGAAUUGUAAGAACAAAACGCGAAGAUGUAACAAAGCAAGAUUUCUGUAAAAUACUCUGAAGAAAACUUCGUCUUCGGAGAAGUCCUUGUUAGUACUUAUUCAAUUUCAAUUCCAAUCUCAUCUUCUCUCAACUAGGAGGGAGGGGGAAGGGGGCGGGGUGGGGGUGGGUACUUAUUGGAGUUUGAGUGGGAGGGGGAGGGGUGGGUGCUUACUCGAGGCUGGGAGCUUAUCAACUUUUUCUGCAUUUAGGAUGAGCGGUUAUUCGAGCUGGGCGCUAAUUAGAGGCUGGGUGCUUAUUAGAAUAAAUACAGUACUUUCGUCUUUUUUUUAAAUCUUUUUUUCGGAAGGAUUUGAUCUUUACCACUGAAAUCUUACUUUCUUUAAGAACUAUACUAAAGCUUUUGAAGUCAUAUCAAGAUCUUGUCCGGCUCCUCAAAUGUUUUGGGUUAUAAGGACUUUAUGUCAAAUGUUAAGCCGCAUAAAUAACUUCGAUGAUCUUUCACGUGUCAGUAAGUACUUUCAAACGAAACCAGUUGUUUUUCAGUAUUUUUCACGACGUGAUUUGAUACUUUCGUCAGGUAAAAUAUUUAUUAUACUCUUUGGCAGCUUGGGUGGUUUCACUGGCUUCCAGCAUGAUGUACUUAUUUGCCGCUGUUGGCACUACCCUAGCUGAACGUUACGGAAGUCGAGUAGUGGUGAUUGCGGGCUCAUUUGUAUCGGCCGCAGGACUCUUCGCCAGCUCCUUUGCAACAACACUUCAGCCUCUGUUCGUUACAUAUGGUGUGAUUUGGGGCCUGGGAUCAAGUCUCGGUUUAUUCCCUUCGCUUGUGAUUCUAACCAAGUACUUCAGAAGGCGCCUGGCCCUUGCAUCUGGGAUGGCGCUGGCGGGAGCAGCUAUUGGUACCCUCGCAUAUGGCCCUUUCAUACAAACCCUUUCGUCGAAAUACGGACUUGCGGUGACAUUUCGAAUUCUCGCUGGCGUUCAGAGUCUAAUGUUUCUUAGUGCACUGACGUUUCGUCCAGUAGAAAGCGAAAAAGCGCAAUUUAACAGGAAAAAGAUGUGCGACUUUGCCAUUUUUAGAAACAGAGGAUACGCCAUCUGGGUCGCCGCGCUUUGCAUUUUUAUGUUAGUUUUUUUGGUGCCUUUCGUCCAUUUGGUAAGUUAUCAUAUUUUUGGUUUCCAACCACGUGACAAGGCGGCCAUGUUAGGGGUCAAAACCAUAGAAUUUUUUCUUGAACAACUUACAUGAAAAUAGUGUUUAGUUCCCAGAGGAGAGAAAUGCUUUUGUUCUUGACCAACAUGGCUGCCGUGACGUCACGUGCGAACCAGCAAUAGGCCUAAGAUGGCAAGAAGCUCAGUUGAAGAUUGAAACAUUUGCGCAAAUUUGUUUUGAAAACAAUUUCAUUAGGAAACGCCACAUUCACACCACAAAACAUGGUACACGUGGUACUAAUUACUUGGUGUGCAAUACUACCUUUCGAGUCGGUGAAUGAAAUCUUGUGGUGUGACCAUUUUAAUAAUUUAUAAAGCCUCAUUGUUAAUACUUUCACAUGGUGCCAUUUGUUUUUCAGCAUUUUACACAAUGAAAAUUGAAAAUCUUUGCCAAACUUUGACUUUGGUGAUCACUUGUGGCAGUAAGAGGGUUAUUAUGUUAUUAGAAAAGUGUUUUUAGUCAGUUUUACUCCCUUUCAGGUGCGCUUCGCUGAAGACAGAGGAGCAAGUAAGAGCCAAGCCUCCCUUCUAACAGGUUACAUGGCCGGCGGGGGUCUCUUGGGAAGUCUAAUAUUUGGAGCUGUAUGUGAUCUUCCGAAGUUUAACCGCCUUAAAAUUUGCCAACUUAUCCUGCUCUCGAUAGCAAUUUCAUCCUCCGUUGUUACACUGGCAAAAAAAUACGAAUGGAUUUGCGUGUAUGCGUCUGCAUUCGGCGUGCUCGAUGGUGGUUAUGAAAUGCUUGUACCUGUGAUCACGCGGGAUAUCGUAGGCCCGCGCAAAGUCAGUAGCGCUAUAGGCGUGCUUUAUUGCAUAAUGGCAUUUCCAAAAACGCUUGGACCGCCCAUUGCGGGAUCGCUCUAUGACACGACUAAAGACUACAGCGCGUCGUUUUUUCUCACGGGUGCAGUGACAAUACUGUCCACGGCCGUAAUGUUUCUGCUUAACUGGGUUCCACGCGCCAAAGGCCACGAAGUGGAGGAAAUAACAAUGCCGUCUUCAACAUCUGAUACCAGUCCUUUGAACAAAGAUGACCGAAAGAGCCUGAGACAGAGUUUAAGCCUGGCAACCGCUGACAGUUUGCAAGCGCAGCAACACGGUUCUACAUUAUGGUUUCCGUAUUACUUCGUUGAAAGCAACGGAGAAUGCAUUUACUUGGAAAAACUAAGCGUUGUUUGA